AUGUCGCCGCUCACGAAGAAGCUAGCUGAACUUUUCGACGAAGACUCUGAGAGCGAGAAAACGUUUUACGGCUUUUGUGACGACGAAGUAAGCGACCAGUGCGACAAGAAUAGUGACUUGGAAGAUGAACAAGAUGGAGGCCGGCCUUCUGUUUCCUCCAAGCAGCAAAGCGCCAAAAACUUCAGGCUGAGGGUGGUGCUUCACUCUGCUAUGACAGCCCACAACUCCUCUGAUGAUGAUAAAAAUGAUGGAGAGGAUGAAGACUGGACCCAAACGAGUCGGGUUAAAGAGAUCAGACAUGUUCUUCUUAAAGAAGAGCCUGAGGAUGUGUCUGACUCUUUCCUGCUGAAGAGAGAGCAGAACAUCAAGGCAAACAAAGCCAUGUUGGCUCAUCUGAUGGCGGACCUGCAGAAGAUGCCAGGAGGUGCCAAUCUUUUGAAAAAACAAGACGCAAAGCAGCCCAAAGAGAAAUCUCGUCCACCCCGCUCCAUAAGGGAGCCCAGGAAGAACCCGGAGCGGGCGUCCCGUCGACAGACCCGCUCCAUGGGCGGCUGCGAGGACCGCUCUGGGCCCCGGGAUGCCGAGCUGGAGCUCAGCUUGGAAGAGGAGCUUCUGGAGGUACGGCGACCCCCGCAGAGGCGUAGCACCCCGCGGCCCAAUCAGAGCUUACCUCGCGUGAUCCGGCCUGUGGACGACAUCACGGAGGAGGAGCUCCAGCUGGUGGCUGACCACUUGACUGAGAAAGUCUACAACAGAAUCACUGGCUCCACAUGCCACCAAUGUCGGCAAAAGACGGUAGACACAAAGACGUGCUGCCGCAGCGAGUGCUGCCGGGGCAUCCAGGGCCAGUUCUGCGGGCCGUGUCUGAGGAACCGAUACGGGGAGGACGUCAAGAAAGCACUGCUGGAUCCGGAGUGGCAGUGCCCUCCCUGCAGAGGCAUUUGCAACUGCAGCUUCUGCAGGCAGCGAGAAGGCCGCUGUCCCACAGGCAUCCUUUUCCCCCUCGCGCAGUACCACGGCUUCGUGGAUGUCCACUCCUACCUCAGCAGUCUCCACAGCAAACUGAAGAGUGAGGGUGACGACGUAGAGAUGUGA